CCCCGCGACACAUCACAACCAUCUUCUCGCUACCGAAUCCCAGAAGCUCCAUUCAAAACUCUGGGUUUACUGUAAUAAAUCCCAGCCGUUCGGAACAAGAUCGAGAUUCAACCACAAAACUACAGCGAACAUGGCCGGCCAAGCAGCAAACGAGCUGCUGUCGACCCAAAAGGCAUCCGACUCGGGCCUCAAAGUCGUCCUGCACCCGUUACCCAUCCUCGAGAUAUCCGAUUUCAUCGUUCGAGGCUAUCAGCGCGGACUGAAGGGAGCAGUUGUUGGUGCUCUAUUAGGCCAACAGAAUGGCCACGAGGUUACUAUCGAGCAUAGCUUUAGCUGCAAGUCGGAGAAGAACGCCGAUGGCCUCUACAAACUCGACGAUGUUUGGUUUGGGCAGCGUCUAGAGCAGAUGAAGCUCGUCCACAAGAGCCCCGCUCUCGACCUCGUCGGCUGGUACUCGCUUGUACCCAAAACCGGCCCCUCCGCCCUGCACCUUCCCAUCCACCGCCAGAUCAGCGCCCUCAACGAGUCGGCCGUUCUGCUGGGUUUUCAUGUUGAAGAUAUGCUGGCUCCGAGCUCCGGCGAUCCCUUACCGAUUACAAUAUACGAGAGCAACAUGGAAGCCGAGGAUAGCAAGGAGGCCGAAGGGGAAGACCAGGAAAUGAAGGACGCCGAGGCCGCCGCGAGGAUGGUCCUCCGCUUUAGGAAGCUUCCGUACGCCACAGACACCGGUGAAGCCGAGAUGAUCGCAAUGCAGUUCAUCCGCGAGGGUGGCGCCAAUGCUACAGUAGACAGCACCGAAAAGCAUAUCUUGGAGCAAUUCGACAAGAAGAUCGCCGUCGAUGACGGCAAGGGCAAGAGAAGGGCGGUUGCAUACGAGGAGAGCAGCAAAUCUAAGAAAGAAGCCAGCACUUCCACCGAACAACCUGCAUCAAACCCCGACGCGAAUCUUAGCCGCGCCGAGGCCGAGUACAUGUCCGCGCUUCAGGCCAAAUACAAUGCCAUCAAGAUGAUGAAGUCUCGUCUCGCUCUCAUCAUCACCUACCUCCAGAACCUCCCUUCCGACUUUACAUCGGGCACGCAAACAACCGCCGAGGCAGCCGACCUUGCCCGCGCUUCCAACGGACAGCACACGAUCCCGUCCAACAACAUCCUGCGGCACAUCCAGGCCCUGGUGACCAACGCCGACCUUGUAGCCCCUGCCGAACAGGCCACACUGGAGCGCGAGAUUCAGCGCGAGACAAACGACGUUAAUCUCAUCUCGAUGGUUUCCGACCUCGUGUCCAGCAUGAACGAAGCCCGGGAGGCGGGGAAGAAGUUCCACAUCGCCGAGUCUACGCGGCACACACGCCAGGGGAGGGCUAUGAUAGAAAAUAUAGCGCAGCUGGAGCAGUCCAAGCUCAUUCCGGGCUACGAUAUGCCGGGCCUUGGCGUUUCUCCCGCCGCUGCCGAGUAUUAGGAGCAAGGGGAGGCGGGUGAGAGUGCCUCGAGCGAGGAAUCACUCACUCACCGAAAUGUCUUCGAUGACGAUUUGGUGUGAGGACUGGCUAGAGCCAUCGAGAACAGGGAUGGGGACUCUGAUCCUAGUCAGGAGUUACAAAACGCACGUUGUUGAU